AUGACAAUAUCUCCUGCUUGUCCGGAACUCAUGCCCGCCGAGGCACUCAUCCAAAUGUUAUCCAACUGCUUGUCUUCUAACAAUGCAGCGGCACUAGCCAGGACCAAGCGACGCCGGGCCGCCAUCGGGAGAGAGCAACCAGAUACCAUCAUCUGGGAGAUUGGCCAGAAGACCAUACCGAUAUUCAACAAGGUCAUCGUGGAUCAGAGCCGCGAGGGUUUUGUUGGAUGCUGUCGCCCAAUAUUAACUGACGGCUCCUCCUCCCACUUUUCAGAGCCUGAGUGGGAGAGUUAG